UAUUUAUUCUAUUUAAAGAGUUAUAAGCAAGUUAAUAUAAAAUGGAAAUAUUACUAAACUCGUGGAUCUUUUAUACAAUAUUAUCUACGAUUCCAUUAAUAUAUUGGUAUUUAACCCGAAAUCAUAACUAUUGGAACAAAUUAGGAGUGAAAGGCCCAAAACCCAUCAUAGGUUUUGGUACCGUUUUAUACCAAUUCUUUCGCGAGAAAUCAUAUAUAGAGUUGGAUUGGAUUCACAAAUAUGGCAAAAUUUACGGUACUUUCGAGGGAAAUGAACCAAUCCUAACAGUGGGUGAACCGGAACUCAUCAAAAAUAUUUUAGUGAAGGACUUUCACGUGUUUAACUACCGGUCAACAAAUACAAUCUUGGAGUCGAAGGCACACCCGAUUUUGGUGAACAAUCUGUUGGCCACUAAUGGGAACCAAUGGAAACGUAUCCGAUCUAUAGUCAGCCCCACCUUCUCGUCCGGCAGAAUGAAGAAAAUGUUUCCAAUGAUUAAGCAGUGUUUGAAUGAGUUGUUGAAUACGUUGGAAAUGUAUGCCAACGAUAAGAAGGAGGUGGACAUGAAAUUAAUGUAUGAAAACCUAACAAUGGAUGUCAUAUCUACCUGUGCUUUCGCCACCAAAACUAACUCAUAUAAAGACCCCAACAGUCCGUUCAUUAAGAAUGCUCACAAAUCGUUGAAUCCAAAGUCAUAUAGACUUGUGUUGUCUAUAAUGUUACCUAAAUUUGUGAUGAAAUUCAUAAAUAUGAAGCACACGAUUGAAGAGACUUGCUGUGAAUUCUUCUUUAAACUGACCCGUCUUAUCAUCAAUGAUAGGAAAAAUAAAAAAGAUAAAGCAAAUGAAGUAAGCGAUGAGUUUGAUAGCAAUGAAUCACAUCAUGUGAAUGAAGGCAAAGAAGAAUUAGAGAUCCAGAAG